UUUUUUUUGACAUUUAUGUCCAAAAGACUUGAACGUCAAAAAAAAAAGCUAAGAGUGAAAAAAUGAAUUGGACAGUGUAUCAAGCCGUUAUUAUUCUCGUAUUUGUGGUGACUGGAUCCCUUAAUACUUUGUGUGUCAAAUUUGCAGAUCUCCAAGAAUCGAAGGGGAGCGAUGGUGAGUUACGACACUACAAUCACCCUUUCCUCCAGUCCAACCAAAUGUUCUUCGGCAUGAUCUUAAAUUUGUUGGUGUUCAAAAUACUCUAUUGCGUUUUCAAGAAGGAAAGCGAGGAAAAGCUUGAGGAGCACAAAUUGACGAAGGGAAACAGAGAAUUUAACGUAUUGAUCUUCUGGUUGCCCGCCCUGUGCGACAUGGUAGCGACCAGCACCAUCUACAUAGCCCUGAAUCUGACCUACGCCUCCAGUUACCAGAUGCUGAGGGGCGCUGUGAUCAUCUUCACCGCCCUUCUCAGCUACCCCUGCUUCGGCAGGGUGCCAAACUGGCGCGAGAUCUUCGGCAUCUUUCUGGUCAUAGCCGGACUGAGCGCGGUCGGAGUCUCCGACUACCUGGACAAACAAGAGAGCGACGACGCCAAGGCAACCUUGGUGAUAGUCAUCGGCGACGUGAUGGUGGUAGCCGCACAGUUUCUGACGGCCACCCAGGUGAUCCUAGAGGAGAAAUUCGUGGUCGCCAAGGAGGUACCGCCGUUACAGGCCGUGGGAUGGGAGGGAAUUUUCGGCUUUUUCUCCUCGGCGCUGUUGUUGGUGCCUCUGUGCUUCAUUUACGUUGGCGAACCUUUCUCCAACAACUCUAGCGGCACGAUGGAAGACGUCGUGGACGGUUUCCUGCAAAUGUACAACAACUGGAAGAUUUUGGUCGCGACUAUAGUUACUGUGUUCUCCAUUGCCGUGUAUAAUUUUUGUGGUGUCACCGUGAGUAAAGAACUGACUUCUACGACCAGAAAAGUUCUGGACAGUCUCAGAGUGGUGAUAAUUUGGAUUGUCAGUCUCACGCUGUUCGGGCAGAAGUUUCAAUACAUCCAGUUCAUAGGGUUCAUCAUAUUGCUGCUCGGCAUGGGUUUCUACAACGAUUUGGGCUGCACCAAGAUGAAGCAGAAGAUGUUUCCGCCGAAACAGGAGGAGUAAAGUUUGGAAUUCUCGCGUUGCGAUCGGUGUGUUUAUCGAUUCGCGUGUUGAAAGUCCACGAACCACUAAAUUAUCGCUUUCAUUAAUGAACAUAUUGUAAUCUCGACGUUUUACAAGUAUAAUAAUGUGGUUCUUCCUUUUCGAAAUGUUUAUUAUUAUUGUACACACGCAGAUAAGCAAGUAUGUAAUCUGUAAAACGCGACAAAUAUUUAUCAUGUGGGACAAUAACUAGCCAGCCUAGACCAUUAUAGAUAAAAAUGUACGGGCUGUUUAGUGAGGGGACAAUUGGAAUUUUUACAUCAGGGAUCGUUGAAGGUGGAACGUUUGCGAGGUUUAUUUCGAGAUAGAUUUUGGGAGACGAUGAAUGGACGUUGUUGUAAAGGUUGUUCACAUCGACGACUUUGGAUGCCUUUGGCAACAUGACAAAAACGGCUAAUUAAUAUUUAUGGGUUUAAUACGCCGCAGGUCGACCUGGAAGAGAAUAAUGGUCAAGAAAAUUAGAGCUUCCAACUAAUAAACGCUUAGUUUUGAUAGGAAAUUGAGGAAUAAUAACUUGUUUGUACACCUAAUACGUA